AUGCCCCGCAAGCGUGCGCUGCCCUCGCCGGCCGACGAUGGGUCGCUGAGCGACGUAAAGAUCGACGCCCCUGUCCGCCCCAAGGUCGAGCUCCGCCGCUCCGGCCGCAACCUCCCCCAAAACCAGCGAUCGAUCCGGGAAGAAGACCGAACGCGCGAGAUACAGGGCAAGGUUCUGGGCCUCCCCGACCACGACGGCGACCCACACAAUAUGGCCGACCGUAAAGAGAAUAUGAAGGAAGGCCUGCAGAUGGCCAUUGAGGGCCUCGCGAGAAUGGAGCGCCGCCUGAGAAAAGCGACAAAACGCCAGAAGAUCAAGAUCGAAGAGUCCAACGUCGACGGCGCCACCAUCGGCCCCGCCCCCAACGAGCCCAUACACCCGGAAUCCUUCAAGGAUACCGUCCUGAAGAGAACGCAACAGGACGGCCGCUCCGUGCCCGCCCAAGACAAAGACGUCAACGACGUGACCGCUGGUGUCGAACAGGACGGGCCCUAUACCGAAGUCGGAUAUGCGAACGACGUCGACGAAGAACCUGCCGAACGCGGCGCCGCACGGACACCCCCUGUCAACAGCAACUACCUGCCGCUCCCUUGGAAGGGCCGUCUCGGUUAUGCCUGUCUCAACACGUAUUUGCGAACCGCAAAACCACCCGUCUUCAGCUCUCGGACCUGCCGCAUGUCCUCUAUCAUCGACCACCGCUACCCGCUGCAAGAUCAGACCCAGCCCGAGCACGCGCUGAAGAACCGCCCGGACAAGACGGGCGAGCCGAGAAAAGAGCUCGGUGACAAGUUUGUGCAGGCCCUCGGCCUGGCAAACGCCCGCGACAUUGUCAAAAUGCUGCGAUGGAACGACAAGUACGGAAUCAAGUUCAUGCGUCUUAGCUCCGAGAUGUUUCCUUUUGCUAGCCAUAACCUGCAUGGUUACAAACUGGCCCUGUUUGCGUCCGAAGUCCUCGCCGAGGCAGGGAAGGUAGCGGCCGAGCUAGGGCACCGGCUGACCACCCAUCCCGGCCAAUUUACCCAACUUGGCUCGCCGCGAAAAGAAGUCGUCAAGGCAGCCAUUCGGGACCUGGAAUACCACAACGAACUGCUGUCUCUGCUGUGUCUCCCAGAACAACAAGACCGGGACGCCGUUAUGAUUCUGCACAUGGGAGGCACUUUCGGGGACAAGGCGGCGACGCUCGACCGGUUUCGCCAAAACUACGCGACCCUCUCUCCCGAAGUGAAGCGCCGCCUCGUGCUCGAGAAUGAUGACGUGAGCUGGAGUGUGCACGACCUGCUGCCCAUCUGCGAGGAGCUCGACAUCCCGCUGGUGCUCGACUUCCACCACCACAACAUCAUCUUCGACAGCAGCCAGUGCCGCGAGGGCACCCACGACAUCAGCCAGCCCGCCAUGCUGGCGCGCAUCGCCGCCACGUGGAAGCGCAAGGCCAUCACGCAGAAGAUGCACUACAGCGAGCCGUGCUUCGGCGCCGUGACCCCCAAGGACAGGCGCAAGCACAGCCCGCGCGUCAUGACGCUGCCGCCGUGCCCGCCCGACAUGGACCUCAUGAUCGAGGCCAAGGACAAGGAGCAGGCCGUGUUCGAGCUGAUGCGUACCUUCAGGCUGCCCGGCUUCGAGCGGAUCAACGACGUCAUCCCCCACGAGCGCGACGACGAGAGCAAGCCCGCCCCGCCGCCGCCCAAGAAGAAGAAGAACCCCCCAAAGCGGAAGCGAGGCGCGGCUCACCGGGAUACAGGAGACCAGGAAAACGGCGGGGAAGAGCAUGAUGUCCCGCCGCCCCAGGGGAAGGAGGUCUCGGAUGAGGAUUUCGCCAUGGGCGGGCCCGAGAACAGAGUGUAUUGGCCCCUUGGGAAAGAGGAAUGGCUGAAACCGAAGAAGAGGGAGGUCAAGAAGGGCGUCAUGAACGAGGACGAUGAUGAGGAAUUUUAG